AUGAAGACAUUCAUUGCCGUUCAGCUUUCCAUCCUUUGGAUCACACUUAGAUAUUCCUACGCUGUGAGUCCCAUAGACUGCAAUGCUACUGAGCCCCUGGCUGGGAAAGCUCUAGACCUAAUCAGUAAAGGACAUUCAAAUGGCUACCUUUUUCAGUUGCUGCGGGUCGCUGAUGCCCAGUUGGACAAAGCAGAAUCCACAGAUGUCUACAAUUUUGUCUUAGAAGUGAAAGAAUCCGACUGCCCAGUCCAAUCCAGGAAACACUGGGAUGACUGUGAGCCAAAUAUUUCUAGAUAUCCACCUGAUAUUAUGAUUGAACAGUGUAAUGCAAUAGCUACAACACAUUUGAGUGAAUUUCAGGAUCUUAGAGUGAAUGACUUCAAUUGCACCACAAGCUCUGUCUUUUCUGCAUUGGCCAAAACUGAAGACAGCCCCGUACUCUUGGAUUUCUUUGAGGAGACUGAGGCCUACAGAAAACAAGCAGACAAAGUCCUUGAGAUGUACAAAAAGGAGAAUGGUGACUUUGCCUCUCUCAGAGUGGACCAAGGGGAGAGAGUUGGCAGAGGCAUGAGUUUCCACUAA